AUGGUCUCGGUGAGCCGAAUGAUUGGCGGGUAAGUCUGUUUCGUCCCUUUUAUGAGCCUUCGGUUAUGGAGGAUUAUUUCCACCUUGUUCUAGCUCUGAUCCCCACAAUGAAACGACCAAAAAUGCGGGCAAUUCGACAACUCCCGCCGCUCAGACGCCCACGACCAAGAAAGUGUCGGCGUUCAAGAGGUUGGGGAAGUUUGCAGGGAGUAAGGCAAGUUGCUUGAUUUGGCUUUAGGUCAUACUUAAUGUCUACAUAAGUGUUUUGCAGAAGGAGCCGAUGUAUCCACUCAGAGAUCUCGAAGAUUCCGAGAAGAUCACAUCCACACCGCAGAAGAUUUCCGGAAUGGUGAUUUUGAAGCGCGAGAAGAAACGGCGAAUGAAUCUGCAGAAGAGGUAUCAUGCCAAGUUGAACAACGGCGUUCUGAAGUUGUACAAGCAGAAAGACAAACAGAAGGAGGACAAGAAACCCUUCACUGCCGAGUUCGACAUUGACUUAUCAACGGUAAGAUGCGUUAAAUUGCGCCGAAUUACGAUUGAUUAUGUGGUUAAUAGAAGAAGUCGUAAAGGUUAUGAAGAAUAAUGGCUUUUUCCAGCUUAGUCAAGUAAUGUACAACGACAACGCCCGAAAGUUGAGUUUGGUUUUCCAAAAGGAGACCUACACUCUCGUCUCAUUUGACAAGGAUAAAUAUAUGCAAUGGAAGACGGGAAUUCAUCAACAUCGGCUCUACCGACAGUUUCAGAAAAAAGUAUGUUCAGUUUGAUUUUAUUUUAUUGGUUUAGAGAGGGUCUGCUUGAUGAAUCCGAGAACUCUCAGCUUCAAAAGACACAGCUCGCCUUCCAGAACAUUGUUGAAGACGGAGCUGCAGGAAAAUUGGAAAAUAAAGUAGCUAUCAACCAGGAAGUGGGACCGUUGGUGAAUGUUGACGAAAAGCCCACAUCACCGAAACAUUCAAAGGAAGGAGACAAAGAUGAAAAGAAGGGAAAGGAGAUGAAUACGAAUGAAAACAACAACCUAGGAACGGGCUCUCCGAAGAAGACCGGCAGCAGCGAAGGAGAUAAGGAAGAGAAAAGGUAAGUUGAUUUGAUGAGGAUUUUAAUGUUUUAGAUUGGUCACGGCAUUAAAGGCGUUGGGAAGUGCUAUGGAAACGUAUAAGUUGGUGCACAGUUCAUCGAUUCAAAUAUUGGAUCGAAUCCAGAAGUGUCACGACGAGUCGAAUGAAAUCCUCAGGGAAUUGAAGAAACUCAGAAGGAGGAAGGUGGGAAUAUUACACUGGAUGAGCUUGUAUAAGAUGUUAGAAUUAUGAAAUGUUUUUAUUUUCUAGCAUUCCAACGACGAUGAUGAAUGUUGCUCGGACGAGGAUGAAGAAGACUCUACGUCGGUAAAAGAACGUCCAAAAGAAGUUCCAGCUACGACUGCACCGUUAGAUCAGAAUGCCAUCGCUAUGUUGAAGGCCUCUGUUUCGGCCCUGAAUAUAAAUGAGGAAGAGCUCCAGGUUGCCAAGGUCAAGAAGGGCCCGUCUCUUCCGAAUAUUGCUGUUAGCAAUGCGGUGGGUUUUGAUUUUGUGUUUGGGAUUACAAAUAUACAUUUUGUAAUAUAAUUUUGUUAGACUUCGUCCAAUGACUGACUGUUUUGCAGAAGAACCAAAGUGAGACCAGAAUAAAGCCUUUGGAGCCCCAUGUAGCUCUUCCCACUCAAUCCCCAGCUCCAUCGGCCAUUCCCGCGCAAACUCAGGCCAAGCCCAGGGUAGAUGCAGCCAAACCGCAGGUGCAUCCGGCACUUUUGCCACCGAAGAAACGAUGA